CCGCACAACUGCUGAACCUCGUGGGCGUUGGCUUCUUCCUGAAUAAUGCUAUACGGCCAUUCCUUCGAGGCCAGGCCGCUAUUUGAUCUUUUUCCCACUGUUCAGAUCUCCCGAUGCUGAGUUCCAGUGUUCUUUUGGUCCUUUUAGCCUCUCGCUGUCUCGUCGUGUAUUUCGCUGUCAUCAGCAUGAUCCCCGCUUCAGUCAGACGAAGAAUAGGGAAACAUGGUGGCCCACUGUCACUGCUUGCAUCUCUGGCCGCAAGCGCCGCUACCCUCUCACCAGGCGCCGCCGCUGCCUUGACCUUCAACCUCUCUUCGCCUGCAGUCUGCGCCCCACUAAAUGUCACGUUCACACCGACCAGCUCGGGCUUUCCGUACGUCGUCUGGGUCUCGUCGCUGUUCAGCGCAACCCAGUCCUAUCGCAUCAACAAAGACUACCAGCGCGAUGCCAACGGUGACAUCACCUUCCAGUACACCAUCCCGCCAAAGUCAUCCACAUUCUCGACGUUCACCGUGACCGUCGCGGACGCCCAAGGUAACGGCAACACCAGCAGACCCCUUGCGCCGUACGUCCCUGCCGGCAGCACGGCGUCAUGUGACCCGUACACGGCGAGCAAUUCCUUCCUGUGGGCGUCCGAUAGCCUCGUCGGCUCGACCAACAACAUGGUCCAGUGUGGCAACAUCAAGUUUUACACGCUUGACAGCAGGGGAACGAGGCCUUUCACUCUGACUUACCUCCCCUUACAAGGUGUCCCACAAACUGUAAACGUGCCCGCCUCCGCGACGCAAAAUCAGACGUUCUUCAACUACACCACCAUCCUGCCCUACGCUCAAGGCACAGACUUUUUCAUCGUCCUCGGCGACGGCACGGGUGGCGCGACGGGCGGGACGUCGCAGCUGUACAGGGUCGGCGCCUCCUCGGACCAGGACUGUCUGGCGAACAGUUACCAGCUGCCGAACCGCGUCGCGGGCAACGCUCUCCCGCUCAACGGCAUCACCGCCAGCUUUCAGAACCUAUCCGGCGCGGUCGCAGACUCGACAGGCACGGGCAUGGGAACGAGCGGGAACGAGACUGCAUCAGGCUCAACAGGUGGCAGCAGCAGCGGCGGUGGCGGCAGCAACACAGGGGCUAUUGUCGGUGGUAUCGUCGGCGCCAUCAUCGCGCUCGGCAUCGUCUGUGCGCUCGGCGUAGCGUACUUUCUGUGGAAGCGGCGGCAGCGCAAGCUGCGCGAUGCUGCACGCAAGGAGGAGGAUCACUUUGUCGACCUCGACGGCGACGAAGAUAUGGUUGAGGCGCCCGGCGGAGGCGGCCUGCUUCGUGCCACAAGGAGGCAGAGUGCUGGUGUCAGACAGUCAUAUGGCGUCUCGCCUUUCCCUUACGACCCGCAACACUCGCAGUCAAAUACCAAUACGGCUGAGGCAUCGGCACCGGGCAGUCCCGACGGCACGGCAGCCACACUGCUGCGGCCCACGUCGCAGCACACGCACAGCACGCAGUUCGCCGCCUUUGCUGGCGCGGCGAUGGGUGCAGGAGUAGGAGCUGCGGCUGGCACGUCCGCCGCGUCAGCCUCGCUUGCUGGCCGCUCUGCCUCGCCGCCCUUGCCGCCACGCUCGCCGUUUCAGGGCGGCGCAGCAGCGUUGCAUUCGCGGACGAAUAGCCAGAGCUCUGCCGCGCUGCGCGGGCCGCUGCGCGCCAUCAAUGCGGAUACGGGUACGGACAUGAUUGCUGCUGCUGAGGCAGUGGCAGGAACGUGGGGCGCGAGCGGGACCGAGGCGCCUGCGUUGCCGCAGAAGCUGCCGCUGCCUGGCGACGAGUCGGACCAGGACGGGCUACCCGUCGCGGGGAGCAGCAGGCUCGUACAGCACCGCGACGCCGGGCCUGUGCCUGCACCUGCGCUCCAGCCGCCUGAGGCGGAGCAGGUCGAGGAGCUGCCGCCGCAGUAUGGCGGCUGGGUUGCACGGCAGGGGAGCAUGCCCCGGCCUGAAGGUCAGGGUCAGAGCGAGAGCUAGAGCGAUAGAGCCGAUCCUAUCCGAUGGACACUACUUGGCCAUUGCUGGCUUUUAUAGUAUGCUACCUGGACCAGCUUUGUUUCCAUACAUUGAGUUCUUUCUCUGUCUCGGGACGCGUC